GGAGUAAAAUUAUAUCACACACGAGAAAUGACUGAAAUUUUAUAUGAAGUAGCAUUCAAAUGCAAAGGGUAUCAUCAUUAGUAAUAUCACCAUUGGUUAUUAUUCUCAUGCUGAUUUGGUCAGCCUUUGAGCCAGUUUUUCUUUCUUUUCUUUUUUUUUUUUUUUUGAGCUGGUAAAUCCUGUGUGACUUGGUAAACAUAGAAAUUCUGGAUCUGCAAAGCUGAUCAAAGAUAAAAAUUACUGAUAUUUAGAAAGUGCUUUCACAUACAGAUACCUCAGUAGCUCUAGAGAGAGGAAAUAUUAUUUUCCCCAGUCUGUAGUUCUGGAAGGCUCAGAGAGGUUCGGUGACUUAUCCAGAAUAACAGAGCUUGUCAGGGUUUGGGCUGGCAGUCGAACCCAGGGGGUCAAGUCCAAAUCCAACUCACAGUGUUGCUGCUUCUUAAGUGGGUGAAUAUCCACCCAUCCAGCACACCCCCUCACACAUAUACUCACAAACAUUUACUAUGCAAGAUCCGUGCCCAGAGGGACAGCUGCAAGAGGGAUCAGAAGCUGAGGCAGAGAAAAACCAAAAUGCCAAUAUAUUCUGGAGAUCAUAGAACCGUGUCUCUUUCCCUCUUCAAACGCUGCUAAAAGCGCGUAGAGUCUUUCUGGACAGCCGUCCCAUGGCUCAAUCUGUUAGGCUUCCCUUAGUCCCCAGACUCAGGCUGAAUCUGCUCAUGGUGGAUGUAGAAAGCUCCCAUUCUGCUUAGAUGGAGUCUCUGGGGUGUCAGGCAUACCCCUGCUGCCUGCAUCUACGUCCUCUUCUGUCUGGUUGUUUCUGCUGAGGGUGGCUAGGGACCCUCAACAGAGAUGGCCCCCCAGAACGGCACUGUUGGACCUAACGCACCCUGGGUUCCCAGUAUCUCAGCCACUGGAGUUGCCAGUCUCAAAUUACUGGAGGGGAGGGAGGGCAGGCCUGGAUCUCAGGAUCUAGGUCCUGCGUGCAAUGCAAGCCUGAGCUCUCCAGCUGCUGCCAUAAGGCUGCUGCAGUGCGGGCUCCUUGUGUCCAGAUCCUUCGUAUUCACAGGGGGAAGCGGAAGACCACGCUGCCUGACCGAGACUUUAUUAUAGAGGCUCAGGAAAAAGAUGAACUGGUCCCAUUCCUGCAUCUCCUUUUGCUGGAUUUACUUUGCUGCUUCCAGACUGAGAGCUGUGGAGACGGCAGAUGGAAAAUAUGCUCAGAAGUUGUUUAAUGACCUUUUUGAAGAUUAUUCCAAUGCUCUUCGUCCAGUGGAAGAUACAGAUAAAGUCCUGAAUGUCACACUGCAGAUUACGCUCUCUCAGAUUAAGGAUAUGGAUGAAAGAAACCAAAUUCUGACCGCCUAUUUGUGGAUCCGCCAAAUCUGGCACGAUGCCUAUCUCACAUGGGACCGAGAUCAGUAUGAUGGCCUAGACUCCAUCAGGAUCCCCAGUGACCUUGUGUGGAGGCCGGACAUCGUCUUAUAUAACAAGGCUGAUGAUGAAUCUUCAGAGCCUGUGAACACCAAUGUGGUCCUGCGGUAUGAUGGGCUGAUCACCUGGGAUGCACCGGCCAUCACCAAAAGCUCCUGUGUGGUGGAUGUCACCUACUUCCCUUUUGACAACCAGCAGUGCAACCUGACUUUUGGUUCCUGGACCUACAAUGGCAAUCAGGUAGACAUAUUCAAUGCCCUGGACAGCGGAGAUCUCUCUGACUUCAUUGAAGAUGUGGAAUGGGAGGUCCAUGGCAUGCCUGCUGUGAAGAAUGUGAUCUCCUAUGGCUGCUGCUCUGAGCCUUACCCGGACGUCACAUUCACCCUCCUUCUGAAGAGAAGGUCCUCAUUCUAUAUCGUCAACCUCCUCAUCCCAUGUGUCCUCAUAUCUUUUCUGGCUCCUCUGAGUUUUUAUCUCCCAGCAGCCUCUGGAGAAAAGGUCUCCCUGGGAGUGACCAUCCUGUUGGCCAUGACUGUAUUUCAACUAAUGGUGGCAGAAAUCAUGCCGGCCUCAGAAAAUGUCCCCCUGAUAGGUAAAUACUACAUAGCCACGAUGGCCCUGAUCACGGCCUCCACUGCCUUGACCAUCAUGGUGAUGAAUAUCCACUUCUGUGGGGCCGAGGCCCGGCCGGUGCCGCACUGGGCCAGGGUGGUCAUCCUGAAAUACAUGUCCAGGGUCUUGUUUGUCUAUGAUGUGGGUGAAAGCUGCCUCAGCCCGCACCACAGUAGAGAGCGGGACCACCUCACGAAAGUUUAUAGCCAACUCCCAGAAUCUAACCUGAAAACAGCCAGGAACAAAGACCUUUCCAGAAAGAAGGACAUGAACAAACGCUUAAAGAACGACCUGGGCUGCCAGGGUGAGAACCCUCAGGAGUCCGAGAGUUACUGUGCACAGUACAAAGUGCUGACGAGGAAUAUUGAGUACAUAGCCAAGUGCCUCAAAGACCACAAGGCCACCAAUUCCAAAGGGAGUGAAUGGAAGAAGGUGGCGAAAGUCAUAGACCGAUUCUUCAUGUGGAUUUUCUUCAUUAUGGUGCUUGUGAUGACUAUUUUGAUCAUAGCAAGAGCGGAUUAGUCACAGAUAUUGGCUUUGCUAUCUCGGUAGAAAUUAAUACAAUUCCCUGUGAUCUAUUCCAGUGUUCUUCCAAGAUUUUUGUUCAUCUAUAAUUUAGGGGUUAUGUUGUCUGUACGUUUUAUUUUUAACCUCAAAUCAAUGUCGAAGCUAUCUGCCCUGUCAAAUUAAGCAGGAGAUCCAAAAUUUCAAGGGUAGGAAGAUGGAAGAAAUAGGGAAAGCGACCUUUUAUAGCCCACCAUAGCGGUGGGUGACUGGCCUCUAUACAAUUAUUCACCUCUUUGGCAGUACAGAUAACAAAAUACACUUUACUGGUAAAAUUUAAAACAAAAAGGCAAAACAAACCAAACUUGUUUUCCCCUUAGUUCCCCUUAAACCAUACUUUAAAAAAUGAAAUAGUCAUAUAUAUGUUAAUGUGAUUUAAGUCUCAAUGGUACCUUAUUCAGGCAUAGUGCAUUUGAAGUUAUAUCUCAAAUAGUGGAAUAAAAGGUAUUGUCCCAUGUGAAGAAAGUCUAAGCAUCAGCUGUUUAAUGGGGAAAGAGCUUGCUUCAUAAUGGUGAUGUUGUAUAUGUUGGUUAUGUUUUAUAUAAACCCAAAAGAUGAAGUCAUUCCUGCAUUUACCCCUUGAUUAAAAUAUGAUAGAUGAAGUUCUUCCUGUCUUGUAUCAAAAUAAGGUGAUUAGCAA